CCAGUCCCUAAUCGGAACACUGACCACAGCUGAUCGCAGCAUUGCUUAGUCUUGUGUAAGAAGAGUGUAAUUCUGGUCUUGUUUAAGAAGCUCGUAAAAUUGUUUGCAAAAUAGCAAAUAUGUCUAAUUUCGGGAAAGAACAAUUGCAAAAGCACGGCUGGACUGAAGGAAAAGGACUUGGCAUAAAUGAGGAUGGUAUUUCACAACCUAUAAAGCCCACGUUAAAAUUUGAUAACGCGGGUAUAGGUUAUAAAGAAACGUUCGACACACAUUGGUCGCAAUCAGUCUAUGACAAUGCCGUAAAGAAUAUGAUAGUUCAGUCAAAUGGGGACCAGAUUUCCUUGUCAGUAAAAAAUGAUAAUGCUUUCACUUUAUCUAAAAAGAAACAAAAUGAAAAAAACGAGCCAAAUAUAAAAUACACGAACUUUGUGAAAGCUACUGACACAAAUGAUGACUCUUCGCACCUGGUAGCUGGUGCAGCUAUGCCAUGUACUUUUGAGGAAUCUGAGAGAAGAGAAACAGCUACAAAUCUUAAAAGUACUUCAGUGAUUGAUGAGCAGCUUUACGCAGCAUGUGGUGGCAGAACAAUGCACAAAGCGGCAAGACACGGUCUCACAUUAAAUGGAAAACUGGAAAGAAUUGCACAGCAAGAUAAGAUGCUUCUGGAUUCACGAGUAUCUAGCUGUUCUAUUACAGCUAGCUCAACUUUGUUGAAAUAUUAUAGAUAAUAAGAGGCAUUUAAAUUAUAAAUUGCGUAAAUAUCAAGACAGAAUAUUAAGAGAACAUGAUUUGUCUAAAGGAAAACCCAUGUUUUUAACAGAUGCUAGAAAAGAUUGCACAGAGAAAAUGAGCAAAUUAGUACAGGAACUGAGCACUUGUAACCUAAAAGAAGAUGACGCAAAAUCCAAGCGUGAAGCUCCAAUAAAUAAACGGAAGAGAAACCAAGAUUGUAUAAUACAGAUCGACCCACUGGAAAUGAAAAAUAUAUUUUUUUUUAAGAAGAAACCAAAAACUGCAUUAGAUUUAAAUUUGGAAGAAAUAAUAAGAAAAAUAGAGGGAAAUCAAGAACACGAAUCACAUUGUGAACAAAUUGAAAUAGGCAUCAAGAAACUAAAUAUUAAGCAAAAAGCAAAUGAGCAAGAAAUUCAACAAGAAUCUGGCAGUGCUUCUUAUGAAACAAACAAAAUAAAUAAACAAAGGCAAAGCAGUCGACAAUGUAUCGGUUCACGUGUAUUCAAAUAUUCAAAUUUGGUAAAUAUGUGGAAUAAAAUGAGAAUAAUGGAAAUAGAAAUAAUGAAAAAAGAAAGAGAAUCACAAGAGUAUUUGCUAAUAAAGCGAAUAUUCGAGGUUAAUCGUCAUUUUGAUUUAUCAAGCAAUAUAGAGAGGUGCGUGAGAAAAUAUCCUUGGAUCGAAAUAUUGUUACAAAAAUUAUAUUCUAAAGUAAUUAAACAAAAAUUUAAUUUUGAUUUUGAUUUAAAAAACAUAUGUAAGCAAAAGAAAGUUGAGAAGAUGGUGAAAAGACUGAAAUCUAGGAAAAUACGUACUCAAACUCAUCUCACACCUGUUUAAAGAAGGAUAAUCUAUGUUUUAACUCCGCACAGUAACGCAUUAUGCGUUGCAUUAUUAUUUAUUACUGUGCGGAUUUAACAUAUACAUUAUUCUUUUUUAAACAGGUGUAAAAUGAGUUUGAGUACGCAUUUUUAAUAAUGCAACGCAUAAUGGAAUUUCUUAGUCCUUUGUUUUUUGUUUAAUGUUUAGUUUCUUAAUGCCUAUUUCAAUUUGUUCGCAAUGUGAUUUGUGUUCUUGAUUUCCCUCUAUUUUUCUUAUUAUUUCCUCCAAAUUUAAAUCUAAAGAAGUUUUUGGUUUCUUCUUAAAGAAAUAUAUAUCUUCCAUUUCCAGUGGAUCGAUUUAUUACGCAUAAUGCGUUGCAUUAUUAAAAAUACGUACUCGAACGCAUUAUUUAUUACUGUGUGGAUUUAACACAUACGUAUUUGAAACAUAUUAUAUUUAAUAAAUUCAUAUAAUGCAAAUAUA